UUCCGGUGGCAACUACAGCGAAGAAGAAAUCGUUAAUUCGGGGUUGGUUGUUGUUGUGCUCCUAGGUUUUUAUCAUUGAUAUUAAGCAACAACAAAAAACACCUCGACACUAACCGUUUCAGGAUUCCAAUUGCAUCUUCCUGCAACGUUUGCGAAACACCUUUUGACACUGGGAUUUGUAGCUAGCCAGCUAAGUUAGCCACGUCAUUAAUUAGUUAGCUAACGCUAGCUACAAUUGCUAGCUCUAGUACACCGUUUGGCGCUGGUAGAAUGGCGGAGGAGGAAGACGAAACCGUUUUUGACGAGGAUUUGGAUGACGGGGCGGGUGGAGCCGAUGGGAGCCACGGCAAGCGAAAACGGUUGUUUUCUAAAGAGCUUCGGUGUAUGAUGUAUGGGUUUGGAGACGACCAGAAUCCCUACACUGAAUCAGUGGACAUCCUGGAGGACCUUGUGAUCGAGUUUGUCACGGAGAUGACACACAAAGCCAUGUCCAUCGGACGCCAGGGCCGUGUCCAGGUGGAAGACAUUGUUUUCCUCAUCCGGAAAGAUCCAAGGAAGUUUGCCAGAGUGAAGGACCUCUUGACGAUGAACGAGGAGUUGAAGAGAGCCCGCAAGGCCUUUGAUGAAGCAAACUAUGGUUCUUAGGUCCUGUGGUUGUAGAGGGAUAUGGGCUUCAACGUGAUUUUUUCUUUUUUUCUUUCGCAUUGUCCGUGCUGUUUAUUCUGCUUUGAUUAUUUGACAUGUUUUUAUAAGGAUCUAACGUUUAUUUUGUAGCAGAUGUGGCCGUAGAGAUGUUAAUUGACCAUCCACUUGUGACUUCAGAUAUGUUUGUGCUCAUGUCAAAUGCCUUCUAUACAUAUCUUUGUCAAAAUCAUCUUUGUGUGGCUUUCUGGCAGACUAGAUGAAAUGUUGCUGCCUUUCAGUUGGGACAGUGGAUUGACAAAUUAUUUGUGAACAUGUGCAAUCUAAUAGCAUAGACAAAUAACAGGAUGGCAGGUAGCCGAGCGUUUUGCUGUUUCUAAUACCCGAGCUGACACUGAAUAAACGGUCUGUGUCCUUGAACAAGGCACUUAACCCUAUUUUGUUUUAGGGGGGCUGCCUACUAUGGCUGACCCAUUUCACUGCACCUAUCUGGUGUAUAACUUUUUUUUUUUUAAUAAUAGAAUGUUCUCAUUAAAGUCUCAAUGUCUGCUGAAGGAUAUUGCUUUGCAGUAUCAAUCAUGUCAUGUGAGCUAACUUUGCGCUUAUGUGAGGAUUGUCCCAUUUAUCACUAAGGAUGGGCGUAGUGACAUUGUGAAAUGAAUACAGUAACACACCUUUUGA